UCCAUACAUUAUUUCUAAGCAUCUUUGUGGAGAAUAAUUACUCCAUUUAUUGCUGUAACAACUAACAAAAUGAAUCAUGGACUGAAAAAAAAAAAAAAAAAAAAAGGGAUUCUUUUUACACUCCUUUUCUGGUAUCUACAUGCCUGAGUGCAGAUGUUGUUCGUUUGUAGAAUGAACAAUACUCAUCCUAUAAUACUUUAUAAAAUCACAUUAAAACCACGGGUUAUUAUAUACACUAUGGAAGGAGUUAUUGUGAUGUGGUAAAAAAAAAAAAAAAAGCUAGAUGCUGAUCAGCUCACUGCUAAAGAUUGCUACACACUGCUACAAGACUUCUCAACUAGAAAGUGAAGACUGAAGAGCUUAUUUAUCUUCUUACCCUGUAAUAACACAGUAAUAUUCCACACUGAAGAGCUCUUCGGCAACCUGGUGAACCGGAAUAGAAAAACUGCAUUAGUACGCUGGUGUUUAAUACGCGCACAUGCCUCAGCUGUAAAACGUAGAGCUUCUGUCAGUGAGACACGUUCUUCACUCUGGAAUGAAUAUACUGUAUGUAUACUGUAUAUGCACGUCUGUUUGUUUCUCUCAGUGUGCACACCCGCCCCGGCUCGUGGCCAUGCAGAGGAGCGACUGCUUCAGGUCUUAUUCCGCCGCUAUAACAAGCUCUCGCGUCCUGUUGAGAACAUCUCGGAUGUGGUGCUGGUCCACUUCGGCCUUUCCAUCGCACAACUCAUUGAUGUAGAUGAAAAGAAUCAAAUGAUGACCACCAAUGUUUGGGUGAAACAGGAAUGGAGCGAUUACAAGCUGCGCUGGAACCCUGAGGAGUUUGAGAAUGUCACCUCCAUCAGAAUCCCCUCCGAGCUCAUCUGGAGGCCUGAUAUUGUGCUCUACAACAACGCCGAUGGAGAUUUCGCCGUGACUCACCUGACCAAAGCCCAGGUGUUCCACGACGGCCGAGUCAAAUGGAAGCCUCCUGCCAUAUACAAGAGCUCCUGCAAUAUUGACGUCACGUUCUUCCCUUUCGAUCAGCAGAACUGUAAGAUGAAGUUUGGGUCAUGGACGUACGACCGAGCUAAGAUCGACUUGGUCAGCAUGGACAGCAACGUGGACCAAAUGGACUACUGGGAGAGUGGUGAGUGGGUCAUCAUCGACGCUGUAGGAAAGUACAACAGCAAGAAAUACGAGUGCUGCACAGAAAUCUACCCAGACAUCACGUACUACUUCAUCAUCCGCCGGCUCCCUCUGUUCUACACCAUCAACCUCAUCAUCCCAUGCCUGCUGAUCUCGUGCUUGACCGUGCUUGUGUUCUACCUACCCUCGGAGUGUGCUGAGAAGAUCACGCUGUGCAUAUCCGUGCUCCUCUCACUCACUGUCUUUCUCCUGCUCAUCACAGAAAUCAUCCCUUCCACCUCGCUGGUCAUCCCACUCAUCGGUGAGUACCUGCUCUUCACCAUGAUCUUUGUCACGCUUUCCAUCAUCAUCACGGUGUUCGUGCUGAACGUGCACCACCGCUCAUCGCGCACACAUCGAAUGCCUCAUUGGGUCCGCCAGCUCUUUCUCCACCUGGUACCGCGGUACCUUUUCAUGAAACGCCCGCCCGCUGCUGGAAAGAGGAACUGCCGCAAGCUCAUUGAAAUGAUGCACAGACCAAUGGCACUGCAGUCCAUCCAGCAGAGUAACCCCACCUUCACCAUGCCCCUUGAUCCGGGCAUGGUCUCUGCUGCCUCAUCAUGUGCAAUACAGCGAGAAGCAGCAUCCAAAUCUCCUCUUUUCUGCAGCUCCCCCAGCAGCCAGUACUCCAUCCUUCAAGAGGAGCCCACACAGAGGAACCUCACUCCUGGACUCACACGCGCUCAAGUGAACCCUUCGUCUGCCUCAAGCCCUUCCUCGUCUCCAGAUGCACCCCUCGGGCCUCUGCUUCAAACGUUAGCUCUCAGUGAGGUUUGUGAAUUUCAGUGCCACAGCGCCGAGAGUGUAUUUGUGGAUAGCGCAGAGGGCACGCGCGAGACAGAAACUCUCUGGCACUGUCAUAAGCAUGAGGAGACGAGUAUACAGACAUUCUUCACUGCAGAUAGAGGUGAGAGUACAGGUGCGUGUGUAAGACACAAGGUCCGGAGCACUCAGAUCUCAAGCCCCAACUGCAGUAAAGAACCAGAGUUGGAUGAAAGCGACUUUCCAGUGUCGCAGUCGCUCCUGCGCGCCCUCGAGGGAGUCCAGUACAUCGCCGACCAUCUCAGAGCUGAGGAUUCAGACUUUUCGGUAAGAGAAGACUGGAAGUACGUUGCCAUGGUGAUUGAUAGAAUAUUUCUCUGGAUGUUUGUGCUGGUGUGCAUUUUGGGUACAGCAGGACUGUUUCUACCGCCUUGGUUGGCUGGAAUGAUCUAGAAUCCGACAUGGAGCUCAGCAUCGGACAAGAAACCCGCCAGCGUCCUCAUCCAGAUCCACCGUGUUUGACUGUACACCUGCAGUAUCACUAUAUCACAUUUGAGAACGUCCGGAGUGGCUAAUGUAACCACGAAGCAUUUUUUCAAGGUCAGCUUGAUAUGCUUUCAAGGCAUAAAACGCUUUAUUCCCGUCCUUUCAACAACAGCCACUUUCUGUCGCUAAAAAAAAAAAAAAUCUUCUGAAAUGUUCCUUCGGCCGUGUAUCAUCCCGAUUAAAUCCGUGCUUUAAAUCGGUGCCAAUUCUAACCACAUGCCUUCAUGCCAUUUGUUAUAUAUUAAAGCUUCUGCUACAAAACUGUACUUAAUCCAUAGGGGAGUACAAUUUAAGUUUAACGUAUUGACAGUACAUAGGCAACUUCGUAUUUACAUUUAUUGAAGAUUA